UGCAGAAAAAAUCAACAGGCUAAAAAUCUCAGUAUAGGUCAGACUCGAUGGAGAAUUGGCAGGACUAUCACAAGAAUCAUCCACAGUCUUUACAGAACCCAAACAGUUCUCUCCUGGGAGGAGGAGGAGGUGAGAGCCUGGGGAGCUUCCUCUCAGCGGAGCUGUGGAGAGAAAAUGGCGCUGUGGACGGAUGCAUACAUCGAGCAGCAGGCCCUCUUCUCAAGCUUGAAUGCAGCUCUCUUGGUGGCUGUGAAACUGGGCAGGCUAAAAUGACCUGUGGCUACCUCCUGCCUGCCAAAUGUGUUAUUCACACAGUGGGUCCUGUGGCACAGGGCAACCCAGGCCCCAACCAGGAGCAGGAACUGAUGAACUGCUACAACAACAGCAUGUACCUGGCAUCUGAGGGCAAGCUGCGCACUCUGGCUUUCCCCUGCAUCUCCACAGGCGUGUUUGGAUACCCAGCAGAGGACGCUGCUGAUGUGGCCCUGGGAACCAUCAGGAAAUAUCUGGAGGAGAACAAAGGCAAGUUUGACCGUAUUAUAAUCUGUGUUUUCUUGGAGAAAGAUGAAGAAAUUUAUCUCGGGAAACUACCUGAAUUUUUUCCAUUUGUGUAGCACAGAGAGUGUCCUCUGUUUGCGGGACCCGACGGACAUGUCCUGUAAACUGUAACGUUUUAUGUGGAGACUGAAACUGCACAGACGUCUGUCCUCUCUCUCAUGUCUCAUUCACACUUUUUCUGUCAUAUCAGUAAAGUCAAUGCUACACAAA